AUGGGCAACGAUUCUUCCGUAGACGAUAAGCAAUACUUGUUUCUUGUCCGUCAUGGAGACCGAUGGGAUUACGCCAAUCCAGAAUGGAAAGAAGUUCCUGAAUCUCGUAAAGGUGAUUCACCCUUGAGUUUACUGGGCCAUAGGCAAGCAAGAGAGUUUGGACAAUACCUCGACUCGUGGAUGCACGAACGUGGCUUUACCGGUGACGAUAUUACUUGGUUGUCAUCACCCUUUCUGAGAUGUAUGCAAACUUCGGAAGAAGCCCUCAAUGCCUUCGAGAAAGUCGAUCUCAGAACUACCGAAAUCAAUCCAGAAUAUUCCAUCUUUGAGUGGGAUGGCAAGUUCGGAGGAUGGCACAGUGACUUGCCCUCCUUGGAAGAGAGAAGACACUACUUCCCUCGACUGAACAUGUCCUAUGAAUCAAACUUUAUUCCAGAGCUUCCAGAACCAAAAUCAAAGUUCUUGAAAAGGUGUCAACGGACCGUAGAUUGUUUCCACAAACGGCAUCCAUUCAAAAAGAGGCAAAUCAUUGUCAUGGUAUCGCAUGCCGCUGGAUGCAUUGCCCUGUCCAAGGCAUUUUCCCAACAGCAGUUUUCAGACAUUACUCCAGCAGGACCCUGCAGUAUCUACGGAUUGACACGGACCAAAGAAACAAACGUCUGGUCCAUUGCGGCCCACGACGAUUUGACAGGGCAUAAUGGGUUCACGGGGCACUUGUCCGAUAUGGGAACCGCGACACGACCAUGGAACAAAUUUGGUGACGGCAGUGACGUGAACAAGAAAUUCUAUACUGGACCACCAACCUCUCGAUUUGCUCCAGCCAAGUUGGAUGCAAAAAUGUAG